GGUCCAACUUCAGUUUUUAAACAUGCAGCGUUCGUGGAUGUUAUUUGUGUCAAUGGUCCUACUCUGCGCUUCAUCUGUGCGCGGCUUCGACGAAAAGGAUGCUAUGGCCAAGAUGAUGGAAACAUCAGAGGCUUGUGUGGGCAAGGUUGGCGCAAAUGAUGUUGAUCUUCAGGAGCUGAUAAAAAAGCAGCCAGCUUCAACUUACGAAGGAAAAUGCCUUCGAGCUUGCGUAAUGAAGAGCUUUGGUUUGCUCAGCGAAAGCGGAAAGUUAGACACGGGGGCCGCACAUGAAAAAGCUAAGCAGUAUACUGGGAACGAUCCAGCAAAAUUAAAACUGUCUCUUGAGAUAGGAGACACUUGUGCUGCUAUAAGUGUGCCAGAAGACCACUGCGAAGCCGCUGAAGCCUACGGAACUUGUUUUAAAGGAGAAGCUAUUAAGCAUGGCCUUAUGUAGAUCCAACUUUUAACAUUGACUGGACCACAAAAUUGAAAGCCCAUCCCUGAAAACUUGUAAAAUCCGAACAUUAUUGUACCCGCUUCUAGAUAAGAAUCAAUAAAAGCAUUUUACUUACUUUUAAA